CUGUUUAGGACAUGCCCCCUUUGAGUCAAAUUGGUUGAACUGGCCUAAGGCUAAUAUUCAUUCGCUAUUGCAUGGCCGCCUAGAAUUGUUCGUGACGUACGCAAGUGCGAUGGAGAGAAACAGUUUUCGACCGCGCUCGUGUUCGCUCAUGCCCGCUCUUCUGUUUGUGCGCGUGCGUGCCCCCAUACCCGGCUUUGCUCGGCUGUGCCAGAGUCCAACACUCAGAGCCGCACGCGCGUGCGCCCAAUCUCGGCGCCUUCCCGUUUGUCUCAUGUCACGUUAGGGGAUUCAUCAGCCGUCAUUGCUGUCAGGCAACGGUAAUUUCAUUUGAUAAAGGUUAUUGCUUAGGUACCAAUGUAUCUGGCAGAUUUCAUCGCUGGCUCCGCAGGAGGGGCUCUUGGUGUGGCCGUGGGCUACCCUCUUGACACAGUCAAGGUUAGAAUACAAACCCAGAGAUCAUAUAAAGGUGUAUGGCACUGCAUUAAAAGCACCUACAAGACUGAGAAGAUUGGUGGCUUCUUUAAAGGGAUGUCAAUGCCUGUCACUACUGUCUCCAUCACCUCAUCAGUUGCAUUUGGCACUUACAGAAAUUGUCUUCAGUGGAUCCAGCAGUUUCGGUAUGGAAGCACUGAGGUCAGCCCAUCAAAACUGGAUUUUUUCCUGUCUGGUUUGGCAGCUGGAGCCGCUCAGGUCAUGGUUAUGUCACCUGCAGACAUAGUGAAAGUGCGGCUCCAGACUCAAACUCAGCCAUAUCGCUCAAGUAAUGCUGCAGGAAUACCAAAAGCAAAAUACAGAGGCCCUCUGCACUGCAUGAUGACAAUUGCCAAGGAGGAAGGAUUUUUCGGACUCUAUAAGGGGGCCUCUGCACUUAUUCUGAGAGAUUGUCCUUCAUUUGCAACAUAUUUUCUGACUUAUGCUGUAUUUUGUAAAUUGUUGACUCCGACUGGCCAGAAUCAUCCAGAAUGGGCUGGAGUACUGGUGGCAGGGGGCUGUGCCGGUAUGUGUGCGUGGUCAUUAUCCACUCCCAUGGAUGUAAUCAAGUCUCGGAUGCAGACUGAUGGCAUUACAAAGAAGCGAUACAGAGGUGUGAUCCACUGCAUCACAGACAGUGUUAAGAAUGAGGGAAUUAAAGUGUUCUUUAAAGGCCUCGGCUUGAACUGCCUUCGCGCCUUCCCGGUCAACAUGGUGGUAUUUGCAACUUAUGAACUACUGUUGAAGAUCCUGAGGUAGGCAGCAAAGAUGAAGACGAACAUAACAACAUGGAGUUCCAAUUGACUUCUCUGUUAUAUAUAGUAUGUAAUGAAUUAUGACCUGGGACCUAAAUUGGAAAGGAUUUAUUUAUAUGUGACUUUAAUGCUGCUAAAAUCUACAUUCUUUAUGGAGGAACAAAAUAUCUGCAAUUAUAUAUAGAGACCCUACUACUUUGCUAUCGAGAGAUGUAUUAAUUGCAGACGUGGAGAUAGGCACAUUGAUUUUAACUUUAAUUAUAUAUUACACAGGUUUAUAUGAAGAUUAUCAACUGUUUGGCUUUAAGAAAUCAUUAUAUUUAGUAACACUUGGUAAAACAUAAGCAGUGGAUUAUCUCUGCUAAUUUAAAGUACACUGCAAUUUGAAAUUCAUUUUGACAGGCCUACAUGACACAAUACUUGAGGCAAUGUAUGCAAAGCUUAGCAAAAUCAUGUAAAAAGCAUUAUCUGCAGCCUAACUGGUGUCUGCAGAUUAUCUUUCACUUCCCUGGAACGAAGCUUUAUGAGGUUUGUUUCAGACCCAUCAGUAGUAAUAAAGGGCUGAGGCAGGCUUUUGCCAUGUCCAAAGUUUUUCAUUUCA